AUGGGCGAGAAGAAAAAGAUAUCCAAAAAAAAGUCUGAAAAGAAAAAAGGUUUACCUAAUAAAGAAAGUACUUCAAAAAGAAUAGAAGUUAAAAAAGAAGAACCUAAAUAUGAAAUAAAAACGUGUCUGGAUCCAAGAAUAGUAGGAGCAAUAACAAGUUUAUCACUGAGUUAUCAAGAUAUUGUCAAACCAAUUAUUGAACAUCACAAUUAUAACAUUAUAACAAAUACAGUUCCAAUUCUUCCUAAUUGUAUUAUAAGUAAACCUACAAUACUUGUUCUUGGAACUAAUGGUUCUGGAAAGACAAGUCUUAUAAAUUAUUUCUUAAAUGACGAUGAAGGAUAUAUUAAAAAAUGUGAAGCAUUAAAAUCAAAUUUACAAAAUUUUACUCAUCUUACUAAUGGUCUUUCAAACUUUUUUACUCCACCAGCUGGAGCUUCCAAUAAUCCAAUGUGGCAAUUUAAUAAUACAAUGAGCCUUUGCAAGGAAAAUGAAGGUGGACAAAUACAAUUAGUUACACUACAACAUCCACUUUUAAGUGAAAUAAAUUUUAUAGAUAGUCCUAAUAUUCCAAAAAAUUUAGGUGAAACUAGUAAGGAUGAAAUUGGAUAUAUUCGUAUAUUGAAUUGUUUAUUUGAUAGAGUAGAUCUUAUCUUUUUUAUUGGUACUCCACAAACAUUAAAAGAACCUAUUGGAAAGAUAUUAGAUGAAUUAAAUAAAGUAUCAUAUAAAACUAUUUUCCUUCUAAAUAAAUCGGAUGAAAAUAAAAAUGAAAAAGAUUUUAAAAAAGCUAAAGAAGCGUAUAAGAAUUUUUUAAAAAAAUCUAUAAAAGAUGGAAAUUUAUCAAUCUUUCAAACAUGUUUGGAUAAAAAAACUCACAGUGAUAAAAGUAUUCAAGAUCUUAUUCAAGCUGAUAUGAAUAUAAUUACUGAAAGAAUAAGUAAAUUACCAAUAACAUAUAAAAUCACUAGAAUAACAACAAUAAUGCAAAAUGCAAUGUCUGUUUUCUUUAUUAGUGUUAUUCAAAAUGAAUUAAAUAAAAGAUCAAUACGUCAAUUUGCUCAUAUAGCUAUUAAGCCUAAUGAAUUUUUGCAAUUUGGUCAAGAAUUUUUGGAAAUUAAUGGAGGUGAAAAAUUUUUUGCUGAAAAUAAGGAUCUUAUUGCCAAAAGUUAUACUCUUUUAGAAAGAACCAAAUGGAAUGCUUUCUUACCUAAUAAAAAUGAAGAAAUUAAGAAAUUUAUAACAAAAGAUAUUCCAUAUCUUUUAACUUGUGCUUCUGAUGAACCUGAAGUUACUAUAAAAUACGCUCUACCAGGAAUUUCAAAGAAUGAUAACGAUAAACCUUCAAUUGUUGUAGCACCAACCAAAAAGAAAGUUAUUAAAGAAAUUAAAAUUGAUAUUCCACAGGAUGAUGAAAAUGAAGAUGAUGAAGAUGGAGAAGAAGCAAGCAAAAUAGGAAGUAAAGAAGGAGAAGGCAGCAGUGAUAAAAAAGAAACAAAAGGUAAACAAAAAAAAAUUAAACAAAUUAAACUAAAUCAGGCUGUUAUUGAUCAACUUAACAAAUAA